UCCAGCGAUCCACCCCGAGCACACUGACCGAACAGCUACUGGACAUUAGCCUUUCCUCGCUCCGUGUGCUCCGCUUCGGACCAUGUUCCUCGUGCAGUACACAGGACUAAACCCAUUAUCCUUUGACCCUGCAACCAACAACGAGCCACUGCAGUUUACCAGCUCCAAUGUGCCUCUGGUGUCCGAGUGUCCUUUGGAGAACGGCACCGACACCGGAAGCAAAAAGAGGAAGAGGACGAAUCUCCCACCAGAGAAUUUGCGAAACAUUACCAUGGACUCGGGCUCUUUGGGAAUGCCCAUGUCCGACCCGAAUGCCUGGGCGACUGCUAUGAACAACCUGGGUAUGGCUCCCAUUGGCAUGACCGGCCAGCCUCUUCUACCAGAUUUCGACCCCAGUCUAGGUAUGAUGACAGGCAUUGCACCAAUGAACCCAAUGAUACCUGGUUUGGGCAUCGUGCCCCCUCCUAUCUCACAGGAUCUGCCAGUUAUGAAGGAGAUCAUCCACUGCAAAAGCUGCACCCUAUUCCCUCCUAACCCUAACCUGCCACCUCCAGCCACGCGAGAAAGACCCCCGGGCUGUAAGACAGUGUUUGUUGGUGGUCUCCCUGAGAACGCCACCGAGCAGAUCAUAUCCGAGGUUUUCGAGCAGUGCGGUGCUAUCAGUGCCAUCCGCAAGAGCAAGAAGAACUUCUGUCAUAUCCGCUUCAUUGAGGAACACACAGUGGACAAAGCCCUCUUCUUGUCAGGCUAUCGGAUCCGUCUGGGCUCCAGCACGGAUAAGAAGGACACGGGUAGGCUACAUGUGGACUACGCUCAGGCCAGAGAUGACCUGUACGAGUGGGAGUGCAAGCAGCGAAUGUUCGCUCGAGAGGAAAGACAUCGGCGUAGGGUAGAAGAGGACCGUCUGCGCCCUCCGUCGCCGCCGCCCAUAGUCCAUUACUCGGAGCAUGAGUGCAGCCAGUUGGGCGAGAAGAUCAAAGAUGACUCCAAAUUUCCCGAGGCGGUGCGUGUGCUGCUGACCUGGGUGGAGCGCGGGGAGGUGAACCGCCGCAACUCCAACAACUUUUACUCCAUGAUUCAGUCGUCCAACAGCCACAUCCGGCGACUGAUGAACGAAAAAGCGGUGCACGAGAAGGAAAUGGAGGAAGCCAAAGAGAAGUUUAAGAACGCCCUGGGAGCCAUCCUAGUACAAUUUCAGCAGAUUGUGUCUGUAUUCCACGCUUCUUCCAAACAAAAGGCAUGGGACCAUUUCUCCAAAGCCCAACGCAAGAACCUGGACAUGUGGCGCAAGCAAGCAGAGGAAAUCAGGAACAUCCAUAACGAGGAGCUGAUGGGCAUCCGCAGGGAAGAGGAAAUGGAAAUGUCAGACGACGACAUGGACGACGCACCGGAGAGCAAAGAUUUAGAUGACUCAGGACCGCUGGCUCAGGUGGAGGCGCUGAGGGAGGAGAACGACAGUCUGCGCUGUCAGCUGGAUGCCUACAGGAAUGAGGUGGAGCUGUUAAAGCAGGAGCAGAGUAAAGCUCAGCCUAAUCACAGCGAGGAAGACACAACACGCCAACAGCAGCUCAGCUUCCUACAACAAGCACUGCAGGGCAUGCAGAAGCAAUUGCUGAAGAUCCGGGAUGAGCUGAAACAGAGAGAAACGGAGCUGGAAAAGAGCACAGAGGAGAAACAGCAGCUGGAAAAUCAAAUCCAAAGCCUUAAGGAGAAAAUUCAAGCCUUCCCUACGUCACACGCUCCGCCUCUGGAGAGGCUGGAGUGUGAAGACAAAAUCAGCGGUGAAAGCACAAAUCAUACUAAUGAGACAGCAACAGCAGUGGUGUCCUGCAGUCAGGAGAGGGACGGUGUCCCUGAUAAAGGUCCACCCAGCCCGGUGAAGUCAGAGAGAGAGGCUCUGCUUGUGGGUAUAAUCUCAACAUUUCUUCAUGUCCAUCCAUUUGGUGCCAGCAUCGAAUACAUCUGCUCCUAUUUACAGCGCCUGGACACCAAGAUUAGCACAUUAGAGGUGGAGACAUUGCUCGGCCGGCUGCCGUACACCUUCAGACAGGAGCUGACGGGUGUCGGUGCCAGUCUGGAGAAGCGCUGGAAGUUCUGUGGAUUUGAGGGCAUCAAGACAGCAUAAGAGCUGUUAGUCAGAGAAACGAACCCAAAGACUGGCACAGCCAGAGAAACCGGAUGAUGAAACAGAGACAUGUCCGUGACUAUGAGAGGUUCCUGGCGGUUAUCUGUCAGUGAUCUACAGCAGCUCGCCAAGCCCUGGAUUAUUACUUUCAGAUAUGACAUGGAGGUGCAGGGUCAAGGCUCUGGUGUGUGUACGCUUCAUAAGCACAGACCUGUUUGUACGAGUGUGUUUGUUAGUGUGUGUUGCUGCCAUGUGGAUGGAGUGGUUUAAGUCACCUGUACACAACAGCACUUCCUGCCAUGGAAAUAAAAGAAAAUAAGAAAGCAGAAUCGAGGAGAAAAAGAAAAGAAAUUGCAUUAACAGUUUUUCAUUUUAUUUCUAAUUUUUCAAGCAAAAUGGAUAUAUUUCUUCUUUUCCUUCUGUAUAGGUUGCCAACAGAUAGAACCUUUUUGUUCAUAUACUCUGUAAAUGUUUGAAUAACUAUUUUUAAAUAAAAAAGC